AUCAUCAUCAACAUGGCUGCCGCGGACCACGUCAGCGCAGAUCGUCCUCGUUCCUACCAAGACGAGAGCUAUCUACACGGUUUUCUUGUAACUGUGGGUGACUUACAGAAGGAUGGGGUACUUCAGGAUGUCGUCCUUGAAGUCGAGGGCAGGCGGUUUCCCUGUCAUCGGCUUGUUCUGUCCGCGGCCAGCCCCUACUUCAGGGCCAUGUUUACAAGUGACAUGGCGGAAAGUCGGAAGGAAACGGUCGUUUUGCAGGGUUUGGAUAUAGACACUUUUGGAGAAAUCCUAUGCUACAUCUACUCGGGAACCCUCCAUGUGUCCCUGGACAAAGUGCAGCCCCUGUACCAGGCAGCCGACCUCCUCCAGCUGGACUAUGUGAGAGACACAUGUAGCAGCCAUAUGGCCAUGAACGUGGAGAGCUCCACCUGUGUGGACCUGUACAAGUUUGCUGAUGUCUUCUCAGUGGACAUUGUCACGAAGAGUUGUCUGAAGUGGAAGGCCAGUCACUUUACUGAGGUUGCCUCGAGCGAGGAGUUCUGCAGCCUAAGUGUGAAUGAGCUAUCAAAUAUCAUCAGCCACGAUGAGCUGGAUGUUAAAGAGGAGACAACAGUGUGGGAGGCUGUGGUGAGAUGGGUGCAGCACAGCAGGAAAGACAGACUGCGCCACCUACCCAGCAUCCUCCCUCACAUCCGCUUCAACCUGCUGACCUCAGACGACACGGCAGCCAUCUUGGAACACCCCCUGGUCAAGAAGAAUCGUAAGAGUUCUGGGGUCAUCAGAAAGGUGACAGAGAAAGGGAACCCAAACCUGAGGCCGAGGCUUGGGAUGUAUACAGAAGUUGCCGUGCUGUACAAUUGGACCGGAGAUGGCAUUGAGCUCCUCUUCAUGAACCCUCGGGAAGGGAAGUGCACCAGCUGCACUUACAGCCCAGAAGACCUUCCUCGUCCUCGACACAUGACAGUCACCAGUAAUAACGAGAUCUAUAUCCUGACAAAAGAAGAAUCAGAGGUUGAAACUCAGCUGUCCCUGUUGAAGUACAACCCUGCUAAAAACGUGUGGGAAGAUGCAGGUGUGCCCUCAAUAUCUAGGGAGCGGCAUCAGAAGUGGAGUUUCUUCAAGGAACUGCUUUUUGAAGUUGAUGGGACUUUGUAUUACGUUCCUGUCGAUGAAGAUCGGUCUUUGGUGCAGAUGAAAAAGUACAACCGGCAAACGAAACAGUGGCUAGAGUGUUCACCACUGCACUUCGAAGAAAUUGAAGUCGGUGACGACCCUUCUCUUGCACUGUCCUGUGGUUCGCAUAUCUAUUUCCUCACAAACGAAGACAUGCAUCGCUACAACCCGAGCCUGGACCAGUGGAGCAAGCGGACCCCGCCGAUGGACAUACCUGAACUCUCUACAGCCGUCGCCAUGGGAACAGAGAUUUUCGCCGCAAGUGUUGACUUUGAUAAUGCCAUGGUGUACGACACAGAGUCAGACCGCUGGCAGAAACUGCGAUGCUUGCCAAACGCAGAAGACCUUGAUAUUGAUGAUCUUCCCUAUCUUUUCGUCUUGGAGAACCAGCUGCACAUAUUGAUAACCGGUGCAUUCAACGCACCUGUGGUAUAUGCGUAUGACAGGUCUGCUGAUGCCUGGAAAGACGCAUAUGCCCCCAUGCUUAAUGAGAGAUAUCAUGCGUAUGGUUGUUGUUCCCCUGUGGCGCGCAUAUACCUACCAUAUCUUAAGAAGGCAUAAAAACACACUACUUCUUUGGCGAACACUUUUCAGCGUUGAUGUGCAUUAUAAUGAUCUAGAGAGGACUGUUCACUGGACUGUUAAGUUCAAUGGCAAUUUGUUCUCGGUUUUGACCGAAUGCCUCCACUAUGUGAGAGGCCUUAUGAUAUGGUACUUUUAUACAUUUAUGUAGCAGUUUGAUCUUUGACAAAGACCUUUGUUUCUUUCUUAUAAUUAUCGGAUAUUUACAGAAUUGAAAUCGUGUUUCACGUGAGGGCCAAUUUGGGACUGACCGAAGUGAUGUCUUGUGUCUUCAGGUCUACGCGCACACUUUUCAGCGUUGAUGUGCAUUAUAAUGAUCUAGACAGCACUGUUCCCUGGACCGUUAAGUUCAACGACAAGGUUGUUUAGGUCUCGGGUUUUGCCGAAUCCCCUAACUGCAUGAGAGGCCUUAUGAUAUUUUUAUACUUUUAUGCAGCACUUUGAUCUUUGACAAUGACCUUUGCUUCUUUGUUAUAAUUAUCGGAUACUUAAGGAAUGGAAAUCGUGUUUCACGUAAGGCCAAUUUGGGACUGACUGAAGUGAUAUCUUGUGUCUUCAGGUCUAACAACAGUAAUAUCUAUUGUAAAACUUUGACAAUUAUUGUAGUUGUUUUAUUAGAUUCCAAAUGUUACUUGUAGUGUGCUAAAUUUUGCAUUUGUCUUUAUAUACGUCAUAUACGUUAGCCUAACUAAAUCGCUCAGGUAGCAAACCUCACACUGGUCAGACCCCCACAGGAAGGGACUAGAUCUCUGGCUAGUGGAAUAUUGUAACAACGUGAGGAAUAAUGUGGAUCACACGGAGUACUUGUUAUAUGUUCUUUGUUCUUAACUCUUGCCAAAGAAGCCACUUGCUAUGUUAUGCACAUUUAGUUAUAUUGCACCAGUUUUUUUAAUGUUUCUAUAUAUGUUUUCGCACCAAGUUUUAACAAUAAAAAUCUACUGAUGGAUACAAAUA